GGAGAGACUGCUUGAAAAAUAUUGAUACCUUAUGAAGAACACAGAUAGGAACAGUUUUCCCAGAAAGAAUGUAAAGAAGAAAUAAAAAAUGGAUCCAAGUACGGGUGUGAAUUCUGUUACCAUCUCUAUUGAAGGAAUGACAUGCAAUUCCUGUGUUUGGACCAUUGAACAGCAGAUUGGAAAAGUGAAUGGUGUACAUCACAUUAAAGUUUCACUGGAAGAGAAAAAUGCAACGAUUAUUUAUGACCCUAAACUGCAGACUCCAAAGACCCUACAGGAAGCUAUCGAUGACAUGGGCUUUGAUGCUAUUCUCCAUAAUCCUAACCCUCUUCCAGUUUUAACUGAUACUGUGUUUUUGACUGUUACUGCUUCACUGGCUCCACCAUGGGACCAUAUCCAAAGCACAUUGCUCAAGACCAAGGGUGUGACAGACAUUAAAAUUUCCCCUCAGCAAAGAGCUGCAGUAGUGACAAUCAUUCCUUCUAUAGUGAAUGCCAAUCAGAUAAUAGAGCUGGUUCCAGACCUCAGUUUAGAUAUUGGAACUGUAGAGAAAAAAACAGGACCUUAUGAAGACCACAGUAUGGCUCCAGCAGGGGAAGUCAUGUUGAAGAUGAAAGUGGAAGGAAUGACCUGCCAUUCAUGCACUAGCACUAUUGAAGGAAAAAUUGGGAAACUGCAAGGUAUUCAGCGAAUUAAAGUUUCCCUAGACAACCAAGAAGCCACUGUUGUUUACCAACCUCAUCUUAUCACAGUAGAGGAAAUAAAGAAGCAGAUCGAAGCUGCAGGCUUUCCAGCAUACAUCAAAAAACAGCCCAAGUACCUUAAAUUGGGAGCUAUUGAUGUAGAACGUCUAAAGAACACACCAGUGAAAUCUCCAGAAGGAUCACAGCAAAGAAGUCCAUCAUCAUCAUAUACCAAUGAUACAACAGCUACUUUCAUCAUAGAUGGCAUGCAUUGUAAAUCGUGUGUGUCAAAUAUUGAAAGCGCUUUAUCUACACUCCAAUAUGUAAGCAGCAUAGUAGUUUCUUUAGAGAAUAGGUCUGCCGUUGUAAAGUACAAUGCAAGCUCAGUCACUCCAGAAAUGCUGAGAAAAGCAAUAGAAGCUGUUUCACCAGGGCAAUACAGAGUUAGGAUUGCAAGUGAAGUUGAGAGUACCUCCACCUCUCCCUCCAGCUCAUCUCUUCAAAAGAUGCCUUUGAACAUAGUUAGCCAGCCUCUGACUCAAGAAACUGUGAUACACAUUGAUGGUAUGACUUGUAAUUCUUGUGUACAGUCUAUUGAAGGUGUAAUAUCAAAAAAGGCAGGUGUAAAAUCCAUACGAGUCUCCCUUGCAAAUAGCAAUGGAACUGUUGAGUAUGACCCUCUACUAACCUCUCCAGAAACCUUGAGAGAAGCAAUAGAAGACAUGGGAUUUGAUGCCACCCUAUCAGAUACAAAUGAACCAUUAGUAGUGAUAGCUCAGCCCUCAUCAGAAAUUCCACCUUUGUCAUCAACUAUUGAAUUAAAUAAGACAAUGACACCAGUUCAUAAUAAGGAGGAGGCGAAGACUUCAUCUAAGUGUUACAUACAGGUUACCGGCAUGACUUGUGCUUCUUGUGUAGCAAACAUUGAAAGGAAUUUAAGGCGUGAAGAAGGAAUAUUUUCUGUACUUGUUGCCCUGAUGGCUGGCAAGGCAGAAGUAAGAUAUAAUCCUACUGUUAUACAACCACCAUUGAUAGCAGAAUUCAUCCGAGACCUUGGAUUUGGUGCCACUUUGAUAGAAAAUGCUGAUGAAGGGGAUGGUGUUUUGGAACUUGUUGUAAGAGGAAUGACAUGUGCCUCUUGUGUACAUAAAAUAGAGUCUACUCUCACAAAACACAGAGGGGUCUUCUACUGCUCUGUGGCCCUGGCAACAAACAAAGCACAUAUUAAAUAUGAUCCAGAAAUUAUUGGUCCCAGAGAUAUUAUCCAUACAAUUGAAAGCUUAGGUUUUGAAGCUUCUUUGGUCAAGAAGGAUCGGUCAGCAAGUCACCUAGACCAUAAACGAGAAAUAAGACAAUGGAGACGGUCCUUCCUUGUGAGCCUAUUUUUCUGUAUUCCUGUAAUGGGGCUGAUGAUAUAUAUGAUGGUUAUGGACCACCACCUUACAACUCUUCACCAUAAUCGGAACAUUAGUAAUGAGGAAAUGAUCAACAUUCAUUCUUCUAUGUUCCUGGAGCGCCAGAUCCUGCCAGGAUUGUCCAUUAUGAAUUUGCUGUCUUUUUUAUUAUGUGUACCUGUACAGUUUUUCGGAGGCUGGUACUUCUACAUUCAAGCUUACAAAGCAUUGAAGCAUAAGACAGCAAAUAUGGAUGUACUGAUUGUGCUGGCAACCACCAUUGCAUUUGCCUACUCUUUGGUUAUUCUUCUGGUUGCAAUGUAUGAGAGAGCCAAAGUGAACCCUAUUACUUUCUUUGACACACCUCCUAUGUUGUUUGUGUUUAUUGCACUAGGCCGAUGGCUGGAACAUAUAGCAAAGGGCAAAACAUCAGAGGCUCUUGCAAAGCUGAUUUCACUACAAGCUACAGAAGCAACUAUUGUAACUCUUAACUCUGAAAAUAUCCUCCUGAGUGAAGAACAAGUGGAUGUGGAACUUGUACAACGUGGAGAUAUCAUUAAAGUUGUUCCAGGAGGCAAAUUUCCAGUGGAUGGUCGAGUUAUUGAAGGACAUUCUAUGGUAGAUGAAUCCCUCAUCACAGGGGAGGCAAUGCCUGUGGCUAAAAAACCUGGCAGCACAGUGAUUGCUGGUUCCAUUAACCAGAAUGGGUCCAUACUUAUCCGAGCAACCCACGUUGGAGCAGACACAACCCUUUCUCAAAUUGUCAAACUUGUGGAGGAGGCACAAACAUCAAAGGCUCCUAUCCAGCAGUUUGCAGACAAACUCAGUGGCUAUUUUGUUCCUUUUAUCGUAUUUGUUUCCAUUGCUACCCUCUUGGUAUGGAUUAUAAUUGGAUUUCUGAAUUUUGAAAUUGUGGAAACCUACUUUCCUGGCUACAAUAGAAGUAUCUCCCGAACAGAAACGAUAAUACGCUUUGCUUUCCAAGCCUCUAUCACAGUUUUGUGUAUUGCAUGUCCCUGUUCACUGGGACUGGCCACUCCAACUGCUGUGAUGGUGGGUACAGGAGUAGGUGCUCAAAAUGGCAUACUUAUCAAAGGUGGAGAGCCAUUGGAGAUGGCUCAUAAGGUAAAGGUAGUGGUAUUCGAUAAGACUGGAACCAUUACCCAUGGAACCCCAGUAGUGAACCAAGUAAAGGUUCUAGUGGAAAGUAAUAGGAUAUCACGUAAUAAGAUCCUAGCCAUUGUGGGGACUGCUGAAAGUAACAGUGAACACCCUAUAGGAGCAGCUGUAACCAAAUACUGCAAGCAGGAGCUGGACACUGAAACCUUGGGUACCUGCAUAGAUUUCCAGGUCGUACCAGGCUGUGGUAUUAGCUGUAAAGUCACCAAUAUUGAAGGCUUGUUACAUAAGAAUAACUGGAAGUUAGAGGAAAAUAACAUUAAAAAUGCAUCCCUGGUUCAAAUUGGUGCAAGAAAUGAACAGUCAUCAACUUCGUCUUCCAUGAUUAUUGAUGCUCAGCUCUCAAAUACUUUUAAUACUCAGCAGUACAAAGUCCUCAUUGGUAACCGGGAAUGGAUGAUUAGAAAUGGUCUCAUCAUUAAUAAUGAUGUAGAUGAUUCCAUGACUGAACAUGAAAGAAAAGGUCGGACUGCUGUAUUGGUGGCAGUUGACGAUGAGCUGUGUGGCUUGAUAGCCAUUGCUGAUACUGUGAAGCCUGAAGCAGAAUUGGCUGUCCAUAUCCUGAAAUCUAUGGGCUUAGAAGUAGUUCUGAUGACUGGAGACAACAGUAAAACAGCUAGAUCUAUUGCUUCUCAGGUUGGCAUUACUAAGGUGUUUGCUGAAGUUCUACCUUCCCACAAAGUUGCUAAAGUGAAGCAACUUCAAGAGGAGGGGAAACGUGUAGCAAUGGUAGGAGAUGGAAUCAAUGACUCUCCAGCUCUAGCAAUGGCAAAUGUUGGAAUUGCCAUUGGCACAGGCACAGAUGUAGCCAUUGAAGCAGCUGAUGUGGUUUUGAUAAGGAAUGAUCUUUUGGAUGUAGUGGCAAGUAUUGACUUAUCAAGAAAGACAGUCAAGAGGAUUCGGAUAAAUUUUGUCUUUGCUCUAAUUUAUAAUCUGGUUGGAAUUCCCAUAGCUGCUGGGGUUUUUAUGCCUGUUGGUUUGGUUUUGCAACCCUGGAUGGGAUCUGCAGCAAUGGCUGCUUCAUCUGUUUCUGUGGUACUUUCUUCUCUCUUUCUUAAACUUUAUAGGAAACCAACUUAUGAGAACUAUGAACUGCGUUCUCGGAGCCAGAUAGGACAGAAGAGUUCUUCAGAAAUCAGCAUUCAUGUUGGAAUAGAUGACACUUCAAGAAAUUCUCCUAAACUGGGUUUGCUGGACCGGAUUGUUAAUUACAGCAGAGCCUCCAUAAACUCACUACUGUCUGAUAGACGUUCCCUAAACAGUGUUGUUACUAGUGAACCUGACAAGCACUCACUCCUGGUGGCAGACUUCAGGGAAGAUGAAGACACCACAUUGUAAAGGCAACAGAGAGCACUGCUAUUUGAAAUUGUUAUGCACUGAUACAGCAUUCAUGCUAUUACUUUCGCUUUUCAAAAUAUUGUGGAAAGAUUUUUUGUUGGUCUCAUGCUCUUCUUACAUGAGGGAUUCAAUUUGAGUUGCAUGUUUCAGGGCAUGGGCUCUGAACCUAGCUUUAUUUCAAAUUAAUUUGCAGCAUUUUUUGCUUUAUCCAGUGAUAGAUAUGGAAGAGCAGUGAGGUUUACAACAAACCCUACAAGUAGAGGUUGCUGAAUUGCUGCUAAAAUGAUAGAAUAUUUUUUUUUGACCAAAAUAGGGGGGGGUGGGCAAGAAAAGGAUAAUUAAAAAUUUGAAGAUUUGAGAGCAUGAUUUUAAGGAUAUUUUUGAGUCUGUAAUGCUGCCCUACUGGGGCGCAAUGACUCUCAAAGCACUAAUUUUAGAAGGGAAACAGUUGAAACUGUUUAAAAAUAGAUGUGCCUUAUUUAUUAUAGUUUUCUUUCCCCCUUAUCUCCCUGCAUCCUUGUCUUUGCAGUUGCUUUCUUGGAUUCUCCAAGAUGUCUUCUUUCGUUAUCUUCCUUUAAGUUAGCCAAAUUUUGGUGGUUGUUUCAUUGAUAAAAAUAACUGACAAUUUUUCCAAUACCUUGUUCCUUUUUAAAAGUUUUUGUAGCUAAAAAGACCUUAAGGGUCUGUAGGAAUCCCUGCCUCCCAUCUUUCCAUUGUUGUAAGAAAUGUUGCCUUCUCCCUUCAAUCUCCCUAGCUUUGUGCUAGCUUUCAAUUCACUCCUGCUGAGCUUAGCUCCAAGUUGUUCAUUUCAGAAAAUUAACAUUUUGAGCCUCUUUCAUUCAAAAGAUUUUCAAAGAUUAACACUACUAUAUUUAAUAUAUACAAUUUCUUGGCUGAUAUAUGUAAUUUAAUAGAUUUUAAUUAUCUUUUAUUGUUUCAUACAGGCUGUCAAGAUGACUUUAAAGUAAUGCUAUUACAAAAAGCUGAUUGUACCAAAAACUACAGUAAAUUUGUAAUAUAGAAAUUAGAAUUUUCCUAGGCUGUAAUAUCUUUUAGCCAAAUAUAUACUUUUAUCUUAUUUAAAACAUUUGCACUUACUAUGCGUGGUGGCACACGCCUGUAA